AUGGACACGUUGCGAGCGAGAGUCAAGGACUUGGACUUUGAACCCAGCCGGGUUGUGGACUCGACCAGCUAUCGGCAUGAGUAUUUGAUGGUAAUGCUGAAAGCUGUACAGCUCAUUAUCUGUGAAGAGGACUGGGUCACUAUGAAGAUGUUUAAAAUAGCUGAAACAAAUAAUAUGGAAGCUUUCAACCAUGGCCGCCUAAAGCAGAAUUGUCUUGGUCAACAAUUAUUGCGACUUGGUAUUCGCCGACGAAGCGAACGCGAAGUUGUUCGGGAGUUGUCUGUGUGUAAUGGGAAGUCAAAAAAAGCACUAAUUGAUAAGUUGUUAUCAGUUUUGAAUAUAUGGAAUAUGAGAGCGACUUUAUUUGACCUUAUGCUCAUGAUCAAGGAGAUUUCUCCCGAGGGUGCACAGAAACAUGUUCAUCAGAGUGCUCUAGCGGCUGAUGCUCUUAUGAGAGAAAUUGGGAAGAGUUGUCGUGAUUUGUUCACUAAUGCCCAUGAACAAGGCCUACAACUUUCUUCUGCUAUCGUUAGUUGUUCAUAG